AUGUUUUCACGUACGAAAGUAGCAGCAGCAGCAACAAAAGGAUCGACUGUGCAGAAAGAACAGCGACUUACGAUUUCGGGUCGAUCAGAAGCUACGGCAUCGUUUGGUCAACAAAGAAUUUGGUUUCAUGAACAGCUAUACUUUUAUGCUUCCGAUCUAUCUGUCUACAAUAUUGUCGUUCCAUUAAUAAUCAAACAAGGCUCAGUCUCAAUUCAACGCCUACAAUCGGCUUUACGUUCAGUAAUUGAACAGCAUACGGUUCUCCGUACCGCUGUUCGUUUUAACCCAACAACUAGUCAGGUUGAACAAUAUAUUCAACCUGUUUCUGAUGAUAUUUACUUAUUUCAACAUUCACGAGGAAUAUCAACAGCGGAACAAUUGGAUGAUUUACUAACGGAUGAAUCCAUUAGGAAACACUUUGAUGUGGAGACGGGAAGAGUCGUUAAAUGCCAUCUGGUGGAGCGAGGUGAUGAAAAUCAUGGUCAUUCAUUGCAUGAAAAUGACCUCAUUGUUUUUACUAUCCAUCACAUAGCCAUUGAUCUCAGCUCAGCCAGGUCAUUCGUUAAAGCAUUUAAGCAUGCAUAUUGGAUUGACGCACAUCAUCAGUCAACAUUAUUGGUUUCACAGUAUAUAGACUUUGCUCAGUAUGAACAGGCAAUGCUAGCUGAUACAAAUUUCAAUUCAAAAAUGAACAAGGCACGUCGAUUUUGGUCCGAUCUUAUGCAUGGUUAUGACUGGAAUCGAAUACGAAGCUUGGCACCUAACGAAAUUAAACAUGAUCAAACUCGUUCGGGUCGUGGUUAUUCGACUGUAUUUAUUUUUGAUCAACGUGUUGUGGACAACAUGAUGAUGUUUGCUUCUUCCAAUAACAUUACUAUGUUUUCACUAUCAUUCGCCGCCUUCUAUGCAUUCUUAUUCAAGUUACUCAAUGAUGAAGAUGACUUAUGUGUAGCAAGUGUUGUAGCUAAUCGCUUUAAUCCAGAAACAAAAGAAAUGAUCGGCAUGUUUGUUAAUAUUCUACCAUAUCGAAUACAAGUUGAGCCAAAUAAAUCAUUUAAUCAUUUCGUGCGAAAGGUGCAACAACUAAGUACUGAUAUUCUGGAACAUGCGUCUCUACCAUACCAAGAGAUUAUUGGUCUACACGAUAAACAAAAACAUCAGCGAUUGCCAUCAACAUUCUUUCAAUAUGUCUCUUUAAUGUCAUCUGCGACACAAAAAACUACAGUGGAAUCUACUAUUGAUAAAGAUUUAGUUAUUGGUGUAUACUAUGAUCGAGAUCAAAGUCGCGGUAAUGGAUUAACUACAUUCGAUAUGGCUGUUACAAUAGAACAUGAACAUCAUGCGCGAACUACAGAAUGUGUUAUUGAUUGUGCAGUUGAGAUAUUUCAAAGUCAAGCUAUUGUUAAUCAACUUGCAAACUGUUUUCAAUAUAUGCUUACACAACUCUUUUGUUCUUCCAUGAUCGAUGAACCUAUGUAUAAGCUAUCUAUUGUUCUUUCAAAUGAUGAAAAUCUUAUGUAUCAAUUCGGCAAUACGCAUGUAGCUUCGUCUGAUUCAUGCACAUCUACCAUUCAGGAAUGUUCAACUAUCGAAAAUCAAAUAUCCAUGACCGAUGCAAGUAUGUUUUGGCUUGAUACACUUUAUGAUUGUCAUCUCGAUCAACCUUUAUCAUUACCAUUUGAUCGAUAUCGUCUUGCAAAUGAACAGCGAACUGGUCGUGGAACAUCUGUCUCUUUUGAUUUUGGUCAAGAUCCUUCACAUCAUUUUCUUAUGUAUGCAUCAUCAAACAAUAUCAAACAUGAACAUCUAGCACUUGCUAUUUACUAUGUUUAUUUAUUCAAAUUAACAAAUGGUGAAAACGAUAUAUGUAUUUCAAUGAAUAUCGACAAUCGUUAUAAAGAUGAGCUAAAAUCUAUAAUUGGACUGUUUGAAAAUAUUAUUCCAUUACGAUGUCAACUAGAUCCUCAUUGGUCUUCUCAAUAUCUACUUGAUUAUGUUCGAGAGAUGGCAACAAACAAUAUGAAAUAUUCAUAUUUUCCUCUUCAACGUAUUCUCAAUCAACAUCCAAAUGUUUCAAAACCAGCAUUUCUUGAUAUAUCAUUUCAGUUUCUAUCAUCUAUAGCAAGCAGUGACAAGAAACAAAUAACGAUUGGUGAUAGUCAACUUUCUUCCAUAUCUCCCACAAUGGACAUUAAUGAUAAUGGAGUUAGAAAUAAGUAUGAUUUCUCACUUCUAAUUCAACAUGAUCUCGACAUCAAUCAACUGUCAUGCACAAUCAAUGCAUCACUUGAUUUAUUUAAUGUCGAAACAAUCGAUAAGAUUUCUCAACGAUUUCAUUCCAUCUUGAAUCAAUUAUUUACAUCUGUUGAUAAUCAAAUGAUUAAACAAAUCUAUGAAAUAUCAUUAUCAUUACCAAAUGAAAUAUUACUCAUGCAAUCAAUGAAUAAUACACAGGUAUCACUUUCAUCUCCUGUUACUUGUAUUCAUCAUGCAUUUAUUUGUCAAGUUAUGAAGCAUCCACAAAAACUAGCUGUUGAAUUGGAUGAACAAUCAUUGACAUAUUGUGAACUUCUAUAUUAUGUUCAAGUAUUAUCUUUACAUCUAAUAAACAAAUAUGCUGUUGUUUCAGGUGACGUUGUUUGUCAAUGUGUUGAGCGAAGUUUAUCAAUGGUGAUUGGUAUUAUGGGAAUUGAAAUGGCAGGUUGUGUUUAUUGUCCAUUAUCACCUCGAGAUCCACAACACCGUUUACAUGCACUCACACAGCAAACACAAAGUCGCCUUGUUUUUGUUCAUCAUUUAACCAAGACUAAAUUUGCUGAUGAUAUUAUUUCACUUGAUAUUGAUUCAAUAUUAAAUAUUAAUUAUAUAGAUAAAAAGGGUCUUUUAAGUGUAAUAGUGAAAGGCAAAGAGAUAGCAUACAUUAUUUUCACUAGUGGUUCAACUGGAACACCCAAAGCGGUUCAAGUUCGACAUAAGAACUUUAUUGAUUGUAUGCAUUCUUUGGCUUAUAUUAACUCAUUUAAUAAAGAUGAUACAGUUGUACAAAUGACACGAUGUUCAUUUGACAUUCAUGUUCAAGAAAUACUUGGUAUAUUGUUAGCUGGAGGCACAUUGAUUAUGCUUCAUCCAGGUGGAACGAUUGAUUUCGAUUAUUUAUCCGAACGUAUGUUUAUUGUUGUAGGUGAACCAUUUUCUGUUCCUUUAAUUGAUUUGAUUAUCAAAAUCGAUAUAACAAACUGUAUUGUAUGGAAUUUAUAUGGUCCAGCUGAGACAACCAUAGAUUGUACAGUUUAUAAUGUGAACGUCAAAAAUGAUACACAGAAUAUUUCAAUUGGUACACCCCUAUGUAAUUACCGAUGUAUAAUUAUGAAUCAAUAUUUACAAUCGUCUGUUACCAAUCAGGAAGGAGAAUUGUUUGUAGGAGGAGUAGGUGUCUUUGCUGGUUAUCUUGGACGUGAUGAUUUGACUGCAAAUGCCCUUAUUGAAAUAGAUAGCCAACUGUUUUAUCGAACAGGUGAUCUUGUGAGAAUGGAUAACAAUGGUCUUCUUCAUUAUCAAGGAAGAAAAGAUUAUCAAAUCAAAUUACAUGGACAACGAAUUGAACUUGGUGAAAUCGAACGAUGUUUACUUAGCAUUACAUCUAUUUCUGCUUGUGUUGUCAUGAAAUGGAAUGAUGAUUAUUUAGUUGCUUAUGUUCAAUCUUCUUAUAUCAACGAGGAACAACUACGGCAACAUUGUCAAUCUCAUCUUCCACCACAUAUGAUACCAUCAAUAUUCAUUAUACUUGACAAAUUACCAUUGAAUCCAAAUGGAAAAAUAGAUCGAAAACAACUUCCGCCACCUCACUUCUCAUCAACACAUCUUACAAAUACUAUAGAACUAUUACACCCAACAAAUGAUAUUGAAGUUAGUAUUCAUCGUAUUUGGUGUGAGAUACUCAAACAAAAUCAAAUCUCAACUGAUACAAAUAUAUUUGCUAUUGGUGGUCAUUCACUACUUAUCAUGCAACUUUUUCACCAAUAUAAGAUUGAAUUUCAUUUAGAACAAAAGCAAAGUAGUUUCUCGAUAUCUGAUCUAUUUCAACAACCAACAAUUAUUCAUCAUGCUCAACUCAUUCAGCAAUCUAUCAAUAGUAUUCAUACUCUGGAUGAUUAUCCUUGGUCUUCAUUACAUCUCACUCAAGCUCGUGCAUCAUUUGCUCAAGAACGAAUCUUUCUGGAUGAACAAAUUCGUUUUCCAUCUAAACAUCACAAUUUCAUGUAUGUUAUUCCAUUAGUUUAUCGUAUUGCGUCGACUAACAAUCAUUUAUCGAUUAAUCGAUUGCGUCGAGCACUACACACAGUGGUCGCAAAACAUCGUGUUUUACGUACAGGAUUUUAUCUCGAUAUAAAUGGUAAGAUCAUACAACAUUGCCUUGAUAUUAAUGCUACGAUCAAGGAUCAAGAACCAUAUGGUUUUUCGGUAGUCAAUAUUAACAGCCAUGUUGAAAUUGAUGAAGUAAUCAAAAAAAUAAUGAACCGUUCUGACUUAUUUGAUUUAUCAAAAGGACGUGUUCUGAGUUGUCAUAUUGUUCAUCGUCAUGACUUCAGCAAUUUAUCUUAUAAUGGGGAUACGUUGGUUAUGGGUGAUUUAAUCAUAUUCUUAAUUCAUCAUAUAGUAUUCGAUGGAGCAUCAGUAUCAACUUUUCUUAACGAUCUUUCUUUUGCUUAUACAAAUGAUUGUAUGUUACAUGUUGAUGAAAAUGCCAUUCAAUAUAUCGAUAGUACCGUGUAUGAACGUUUAAUGGAUAUGACACAACCGCAUGACUUUUGGUAUUCUCAAUUGAAGGAUUAUAACUUUACACGUUCAUUAUCAUUACCUGUUGAUCGAUAUUGUUUGUCCACCGAUUAUCGAUCAGGUUUACAUUUUGUCACUGAGAUAUGUUUCGAUGAUGAUAUUUCGACAGCAUUUUUGGAGUAUAUUACUUUGCAUCAUAUAACACCUUUUCAAUUAGCAAUGAGUAUAUUUUAUGCAUUUCUAUAUAAAUUAACUGAUGGACAAGAUGAUUUAUGCUUUAGUGGGUUACAUGCCAGUCGAUAUAGAACUGAAUUACAAAAUGCAAUCGGAAUUUUUGUUGCAACAUUACCAUUUCGAAUCCAGAUUAAUUCGCAAUGGCCGUUUGAAAGUCUUGUUAAACAUGUUCAAGCAAAUUGUUUAUCAAUUUUUCAACAUACUCAUUAUCCAUUGCAACAUAUUCUUGCUGAUUUUCGACGUAACUAUUCAAAUGUUUCUUUUCUUGAUAUUUUAUUUGAAUUUAUUACUGUAUCUCCUAAUAUCAAUAAAUUCUCUUUGGAUGGAUCAAACUUGGAAGAAGUAUUCUUUGAGCAAUUAGAUGAAGCAACAUUCUCUGAUGUAGAUGUGAUGUUUGUAUACAAUCGGACAGAUGAAACUGACAAAUUAUUAUGUCGUGUUUAUGGCUCGCGUGAUUUAUUUGAUGAAACGACAGUUAACAAAAUAGGUCGAAAACUUCAAGCUGUAUUUUCUCAGAUAUUCACAUCAAAGUCAAGAGUUGAUCAGAUUGAUAAACUAUCUCUUGUUCUACCAGAUGAAGUUGAACUAAUGCAAAACGUAACAUUUCAUCAUUUAUCAGACAUUAAUAACAAAGAUUAUCAAAUCAAAUUGCAUGGACAACGUAUUGAACUUGGUGAAAUUGAACAAUGUUUACUCAAUACAUCAAUAUCAGCAUGUGUUGUUAUGAAAUGGGAUGAUGAUCGUUUAAUUGCUUAUGUCGAAAGUUGUGAUAUGACAGAAAAAGAACUAUUUGAAUAUUGUCAAUCUCAUUUACCUUUUCAUAUGAUUCCAUCGAUGUUUAUUAUACUUGCAAAAUUACCUAGAAAUGAUAAUGGAACAGUAGAUCAAGACUUGCUUCGAAAAUCUCAUCUGUCGACUUUGAUUAAGACUGAUUCUUCAUUAUUAUUACAACUAGAAGCACGUCUAAGUCACAUAUUUAGUCAAGUACUUGGUUGUGAAUCUCCGGAUGUAACCCAACCCUUUAGUGAGAUGGGUGGAACAUCAUUAGAUGUUUUACGAAUGCUCUCUCUCAUUCAAAAAGAUAUUUGCCCUAUAAUCAAUGGAUCUCACUUAUUUGCUAAUCCAUCGAUUCAAAAACUUGCACGAACGAUCGAAUCAUUGUUAGCUAUUUCAAAUAAGAUUACUUUACCCUCAAUAGAAUCAACUCCACUCACUCCAUUUGUACCUUUGAGAGUGGCUAUUAUUGGUUGUGGUAUUGGUGGUCUAUCCGCCGCUAUUGCUUUGCGCAGACAUGGCCAUGAAGUCACUAUCUAUGAACACGCACAUUUUGCUAGUGAAGUCGGUGCAUCAGUUUCUGUUGCCGCAAAUGGAACCAAAUUUCUCGAAGAAUGGGGUAUCAACACUGUUGCUGGAAGAUCUGUCAUUCUACAAAAACUAAUUAUGCGCAAUUGGACAGAUGGUACAAUCAACGAUGUUUAUAAUUUGAGUGAUUAUAAAGAAAAGUGGGGUUAUGUAUACAAUACGUUUCAUCGAACUGAUCUGCAUGAACAACUACAUAUAAAAGCUAAGGCUUUAGGAGUAAUGAUUGUUAUAGAUCAUAAAGCAAUUGAUGUUGAUUGUGUUAAUCGUACUGUAACAUUCGAUACAGGUAGCACAAUAUCUGUCGAUUUGAUUAUUGGUGCUGAUGGCAUUCGUUCAACAGUACGUAGUUUGAUUGGUAUUGUAGCAAAAACAGCACCGUAUACAAGUGAUUGUUACCAUUGUAUUAUUCCCACAUCACGCGUAAAGCAGCUUGGCUUGAAAGAUUUUGCAUCUGAUAAUGCAAUUGAAUUUUGGGGUGAUUUUGGUCUUAAUAAGAUUGUUUUAGUCCCUUGCUGUGCAGGUGAGAUUAUAUCAUUCUAUUGCUUUUAUCCAGCUUCUUAUAAUCAUCAAAGUGGAGAGGACUGGAAUUUCAGUGCCACACCGUCAAUGUUACUUGAGUGUUUUCCUAAUCUUGAUUCAGAUUUAUUGGCAAUUUUCGAGCAUUGUGAAGAUAUCAAAUUGUGGAAGCUGUUUAUUCAUGAACCAUAUCCAUAUUGGGUAAAAGGCUGUGUAGCAUUGCUUGGAGAUGCUGCACAUCCAAUGCUACCUAAUCAAAGCCAGGGCGCAUGUAUGGCGAUUGAAGAUGCGGCUGCAAUAGGUAUUAUAUUUUCGCCUAAAUAUUGGGGCAAUAAAAUAUUCACGGUCGAGCAUGGCUUAAAGAUAUAUGAAUUGUUAAGAAAAACAAGAGCAACACGAGUUCAAGAGGCCAGUUCGCGUGUGCCAGAAAACUUUAAUGAAAGAAUUGACUGGAAUUCACAAAGAAAUCAUGAUAACCAACAGAGUGCAACAACAAUAUUAACCAUGGAUGAAAUCAACGCUUAUGACAUGGAGAAACAUCUAGACGAUCUUCUUAACUAG